AAUUUUGCAUCCACCAGUUCAUCCACCAGUUCAUCCAUAUCUGUUCUUUCAACGCAUCUCAUUAUCGACAAUUGUUGUCACCAAUAGGCUUUCCUGUGUGUCUACCUCUCUUUCGAUAUGCCCGGCACUUUGAACCACACUCCUGAGCCUGAAUAUGGGCGCAGGUUAAUACCCAACAUCAUUGAUGAGCGAGCCGAAAGCAAUCCAACAAAAGCAUUUGCGUCUAUCCCACGAUCAAAAGAUCUCGCAGAUGGCUUCGUUGAUAUUACCUAUGCAUUGAUUGCCAAUGCAAUCAAUCGGGCAAGUUGGUGGCUUUCACACUCGAUGGGUAAUACGGAAACAUCAGAAGUGUUUGCAUACUUGGGUCCAAAUGACUUGAGAUAUCCGAUUCUCCUGGUUGCGACGAUGAAAUGCGGCUAUCAAAUGAUGAUGCCGUCGCCCCGUAAUUCGGCUGAGUACCAACAAGAGCUCCUCCGCCGUGCUGGCUGUCAAACACUUUUCUGCACCCGCGGCUUAAUGGCGAAGUUGUCACCAGUUGUAGAUGAUCUGGAUAUCUUUUGCAAGAUUGCACCUGAUUUGGAUGAGCUGCUCGAUCCAACGCCUGUGGCCCCGUUUCCUUAUGAAGCAACUUAUGACGAGGUGAAGAAAGAUCCAUUCCUUAUCCUUCACACAUCAGGGUCAACCGGCCCCCCAAAACCUAUCACUUUAACCAUUGAGUGUACUACGACAGAGGACACACAUCGCCUCCUCGAUGACCCAGAGGGUCGACUGUGGUGGCGCCUUUUUGCAAACAGGCGAUACUUUAUGGGCAUGCCAUGCUACCAUUCUGCUGGCGUCUGGUUCUCGCUCUUUAAACCAGUCUUUUUCAACUCGACGGCCGUAUUUGCAUUAAGCGACAAACCUCUUACAGCGGCCAUUGCAGAAGCGGUGCACCGAACGGCUGAAGUCUCUGGUGGAAUAUAUCCACCCUCCGUUUUGGAAGAGAUUAGUCGAACGGAGUCUCUCAGCGGAGCCAAAGGCUUGGAGUUUGUAGCGUAUGGAGGUGGCCCUCUAUCGAAAUCAGCGGGAGACCGGCUUUCUAAAGUAACCAUCCUUCACAAUUUCAUUGGAUUCACUGAGAAUAGCGCACCCCCGCGGUAUGUUAUGGAACCAGAAGAUUGGAAUUACUUUGAGUUUCAUCCGGCUUCUGGCUAUUUCCCUGAACACCUGCACGAUAACCUCUACCGGAUGUCCUUCAGGCGUCUGCCUGAGUAUGAGUUUGUUCAAACAGUCUUCCGGCUGUUCCCGGAGCUAGACAAAUAUAGCUCUGGAGACAUUUUGAGUCCACAUCCAACAAAGCCCAAUCUUUGGACAUAUGGGGGUCGCACCGACGAUCUCAUUGUGCUAUCUACGGGAGAGAAGUUCAAUCCCAUCCCUGCUGAGCUUAUGCUUAAAGGAUGUUCGGUGGUAAAAGACACUCUUAUCGUUGGGGAUGGAAGAAGCCAAGCUGCGCUCCUUGUUGAAUGUGAUCCAGAGACCACUGUUGGAAUGUCAAAUGAACAGGCUUUGGAUGAAUUAUGGCCAUUUGUCCAGAGGGUCAAUAUGACGCUGCCCACCCAGGGGAGACUGCUGAAAUCAAAUAUUAUUUUUGCCUCUGCGGAAAAGGAGUUUUCACGUUCACCAAAAGGCUCUGUGCAGCGAAAAGCUACAGUCGCAAAUUUUGAGGCUGAGCUUAAUAAUCUCUACUCGACUGGCAAAUCGCUGCCAAAUGAAAACGGUCAUAGCCAAUCAGCCAAAAAACCGAUAUCAAACGGAAAUGGCUAUAACCAAUUCACCAAAGCCAACAACUAUAGCCAAGGGUCCAAGCUCGGCCUGAUAAUUGACCAUACAACGAAAUCUUCAAGUCAAUCGACAAAUAGCGACACCAGCUCUGCAGUAACAACGCCAGUAUCUCCCAGAACAGUGAAACCUGCCGCAGAGCCUGAUAUUGACGAUACCACGUCGCUUUCUACUACGACUGUAUCUCAGCAGGAAAAGUACUUGCUCGAAGAAGAAAUUGUUGAUAAAGAGCAAAAAGUAACGAUCGCGGUGACCGAAUUACAAGCCGUGAGCUUUAUCCACACAGCCUUGGAAGCUAUAUGUGGCAUCCACAGCAAAAACAAUGACGAUGACCUAUUUGAACUUGGCCUUGAUUCUGUAAUGGCUUUACAGUUGUCAAACGAGCUCCAAAGUAUAUCGGCCUCAUGGCCACAAGAUAGAGAUUCUUCAUUGCAGCUGAUUUAUGCAAAUCCAACUAUCAAAAGCUUGUCACAAGCAAUCAGCCGUAUGAAUAGACUCUCGGACACUGCGAUGGACUCGCCUAAAUCUUCAGAGGACGCGGAAAACGUAAACCGCGUUAGAGAAGUUGCGGCUCCGGCAAUGCUCGAUGCUGUGGAAGCUCAACCACCCAAUACGAUUGAGAAGUUGAUCCACAGUUACACAGAGAAUCUGGAAGAGAAUACUCCAAAGCGAGUAAUCACUGUUGCUCUUACAGGCAGUACUGGAGCUGUGGGGAGUCAUUUACUUGAUCGGUUAAUGAAGGAGCCAAAUGUGACAAAAAUCUUUUGCCUUAACCGUUCUACGGAUGGAGAAAAGGCUCAAAGAGCAGCAUGUGAGAAAAACGGUAUUAAAUGGGUACCAGGAAGCAAACCAGUUGAAUUUCUCACAAUUGAUCUGUCACAGCCGCAUUUGGGACUUGGACGAGAUCAGUACGCUACUCUGCAAGAUGAAACCGACAUCAUCAUUCACAAUGCUUGGAAACUUGACUUUCUACACACUGUACAACAUUUUGAGAAAACUCAUAUCGCAGGAGUUCGACAUCUAAUUGAUCUUUCGGCGAAUUCUGAGCGUCGGCCGCGUAUAGUUUUUAUUUCCUCUAUUGCCAGUGUCCUCGGUUGGAAGGAGAGUCAGAAAGUGCCGGAAAAAAUUAUCCUUUCAGACUCGGUUACUGCGAACAAUGGCUAUGCUCAAUCCAAGCAUGUAGCUGAAAGAAUUCUCUACGAGGCCUCACAAACCGUUGGCAUCCAGGUCACAGUCGUACGACUUGGUCAAAUCGCAGGCCCUACCAAUGCUGGAGUUGGAGCAUGGAACUCGCUUGACUGGGUACCUCAGAUUAUAUACACAUCUAAAUCGCUUGGGCUUGUGCCAAAGACUUUGGGCAUGGCUGAUGACGUUGAUUGGGUUCCAAUUGACCGCCUGCCUGACAUACUUGUAGAGUUGAUUCAUCAUGACCUCAAAAAGCCAGAGAGGUUUCAGAUCUAUCACGCCGCAAACCCUAAUCCAGUAUCAUGGGGUUCACUUCUUCCGGCGAUAUGCCACCGCCUGGGCCCUGACAUGGAGUUGGUAUCUUACCAGCAAUGGCUGACAAUGUUACGAAACAAAGGUGGGCAUACUGAAGACGUGAAAACUUUCCCAGCUCUCCGCCUUAUGGGCUGGCUACGGGAGUUGGAUGCUCCUAUGGGUGUCAAGUUACCAAGUCUUUCUACCGAUAUGAUAGCCAAAUCAUCAAAGACCUUUUCCAGUUUGGAAUCAAUUCGCGGUAUGUGGAUGGAGAAUUGGAUGGAGUCUUGGGGGCUUUAACCAAUUACACUUUCGCUGCUGAAAUCAUUUACAUGCCAUUCCAACUAUUCUUCGCUCGCUUUUUUCUUUCAUUUUGUUAUUAUUAUUUUUUUUUACAAAUAUUGCCUGUC